AUGGCGCCUUUACGAGUGUUGAGUGACUUCACGGAUGAGUUUCAGAACUUUUCCACACAACAUCCAGGGAAACAUCAUUUCAGACAUCGGAACCAUUCGCGGGAUCAUGCGAGGAACCACUUCGUGGACGUGAUGUCCAACUCCAUAAUGGAAGUUAUCAACACCAAACUGGUUCCCGAGAACAGUGUGCUGCCUGACCUGGAACCACUGUCCACUCACAUGGACGAGAGACACUCUCUGCUGCUUAAUAUAACCAUGAACAGGUCAGACCUGGGUUUGGAGAGCGAGUUCAUGUAUCGUCACAGCGGCGCCAUGACCGCGGUGUACUGCAUCGCCUAUCUGUUAGUCUUCGUGGUCGGUCUGGUCGGGAACUGCUUCGUGAUCGCGGUGGUCUAUCGUUCCCCCCGCAUGAGGACCGUCACUAACUUCUUCAUCGUCAACUUGGCUGUCGCUGACAUCCUCGUCAUAGUCUUCUGUCUCCCAGCCACUCUGAUGUCCAACAUUUUUGUCCCUUGGGUGCUCGGCUGGCUCAUGUGUAAGACUGUUCCCUACGUCCAAGGACUCUCUGUAGCAGCCUCCGUGUACAGCCUGGUAGCUGUGUCCCUAGAUCGGUGA